UCAUUACUGUACAGUCAGUGCAGCUUUUAUUGAUGUAUGAGUUGAUUGAUAAUAAUAAAUGAUUGAAACGAUUGUAAAUUUAUUGUAAUUUUGUAUUAAAAAAAACAUUAAUAAUAUUAAUACAUGUGUUGUGUUGUCAAUGAUUUCAUUGAUUGUCAAUUGAUUGCCAACAAUGAGUUGUUUUUGUUAAGUACUGAUUGAAUGGAAGUUGAAAUAAAUAUAAGAAGUAAUCAAUAAAUUGAGUGCAAAAUUGUUUUAAUAAUGAGUUAUUGGAUGACAUCAACAGUGAAGACAAUAAUCAAGUCAUCGAUAGUGACCAAUAAGUAUGAGAUCGUCAAUGGCAUCAAAUCUGAUGAGACGAUUGUUUGAAAUUAAUUCAAUUCAUCGUUUUCUUUAUCCGCCGAUUGUUGCCAACAAUAUUGUCCGCUGUUAUCGAUUUACACCACAAAUGUCUGCCAACAAUGAAGACCAGUCGUUGACUGAUCCCAUCGAACCAUUCCGACCGAAGACAGCUCUCCUUUUGACAAAGUUUUCCAGAUAUGAGUUCGAGAAGAAACGCAAUCCCGGACUCAAUGAGGAAGAGCUCAGUAAAAAUUUAGAAAGUCGUGGAAGUGAUUACAAACGAUUGAUAUCACAUCAUAACAUUCAUAAGCAAAGUCGGGAACAUAUUGUUGAAUGUCUUAAGAAAGCCAGUGUUGAAGUACGAGUUGUCAGCAGAAAUGAAUAUAACGAUCAAAACAUCGAUUGGGCGGAUGUUAUCAUAACCUCUGGAGGCGACGGAACCUUUUUAAUGGCCGCCUCUAAGAUUAAUAAUUGCAAUAAAGCUGUGAUUGGAGUCAAUAGUGAUCCCAAACGAUCGGUCGGCUAUCUAUGUCUACCGAAACGAUAUUCAAAUAAUUUCGGUGAAGCACUUCGUCUACUCAGCGACGGACAGUUCAGAUGGAAAUAUAGACAAAGAAUUCGUAUAAUACUUGAGUCAGAAAAUGCAAACGAAGAACCCAUUGAACUUCAUGAUCAACAACUCAAAUGUCCAGAGAAUCGCUUCUUAGAACUCGAUGCAAGUCAUGAUUCGAGAGACUCGAAGAUUAAAAAGAACACAAAGACUGUGAAAAAAGUUUUACCGUAUAAAGCAUUAAAUGAAGUCUUUAUCGGUGAAGCAAUUUCUUCUCGCGUCUCGUACUAUGAGUUUGCAGUCAACGAAAACAAAAUUAAAGCCAAACUUAAGAGCUCAGGCCUUACUAUAAGUACUGGCACGGGAUCGACCUCAUGGUUCUUCAAUAUAAACAAAGUGACGCCACAAUGCAUUCAGAGUUUGUUUCAGAUAAUAAACCAAGAGAUCGAUGGACAACAUUUACCAGAAAAUGACAGUCAAGUCAUAGAAAGAAUAACCAAUAAGUUUAAUAAUUCACUUAUUUUCGAUCCCUCCGAACCAUUGAUGGCUUAUGCUAUAAGAGAUCCGGUAGUAUUUGGCACAGAAUUCCACAGUAAUCCGCGGGGUUUCGCUAAAAACAUAACUGUUAAGUCACGUAUGAUUGACGCAAAUAUUGUCAUCGAUGGCGGACUUUCUUAUAAGUUCAACGACGGCGCAAAUGUGUCACUUCUUAUCAAUGAAGAGGACGCACUCCGGACUGUAGUCUUACACGAGUGAUAACCGUAUAAAAUGACACAAAUUUUGUUAUAAAUGAUUACAAA